AUGAGUAAAAAGAAUUUUAAAAGCAGCAGUAAUAAAUAUGAAAAAUAGUAAUAGGUUAUUCAAUAGUAAGUUGACAUUGAUUAAACACCAAUUAUUAGCAAAGUAGACUAUUUGAGCAGCCCAUCAUUAGAAAUGGUAGCAAAAAGUAUUCCAUUAAUAAGCCCAAAAAAUGCUAGUAUCAUUUAGAAUGAUUAAACACAAAAUCAAAUAUUUAGCUAAAAUAACGAUUUAAAUGAGAUUGAAAUCAUUAAAAACUUGACUGGAAGGCAUAAUGAAGUUUAAUCAUUAGGUGCAUUAGAAUAAGAUAACUUAGAGUAAAAUCUUCAAAAACUCUAAAAAUAAAGCUCUUAUGAAACUUUUAAUAACUAAAUAAAGACUCAGUAAAACAAAUUAAGGAAAGAAUAUGGAAUAAGAAAUGAUAUAGACUAAGAUACUGCUAAUUAAAAUAAAAGCCCAAAAAGCUUAUAACAUAAAAAUAGUUAAGACCAAGAAUAUUUAGUUGCUGAUCCAGAUUUAGAAGACAAAGAAGAAGAUGAUACAGAUAAAUUGGAGUUAGAUUAAGCUAAUUAUUAACAAGUUAGCUAAAAAAUAAGAGAUAUUGAUAUAGACUAAGAAGUAAAAAAUAUAUAUAAAAACCUUGAUAAAAGCUAAAAAAUAAAAAUGAAAAUUUAUUUAACCAUGUUUGAUGCAGAAUAUUCCUAUUUUUCAAAAGCAAUUUUAAUUUUUAUGCUAUGUGUUUCUAUUACAGAUGUCACUUUAAUGAUAUUAUCUACAGAGAAGUCUCUUCCAGUUGGUGAUAAUUUUUAUUGGGAAUACUUUAAUUCAUACAGUUUUAUAGUAUUUUUAAUUGAGAAAAUAUUACAAAUUUACAGUUGCAAUUCAUUUAUAAAAGGAAGUUAAGCAUACAAAAAUUAUUUUCUAUAAUUUAAUACAAUAGUAGAAUUUAUGGCACUGUUUUACAGCAUUUAUGAAGCUAUUGCUUUUAAUUUGAGCUUUGAUUUUUCAGAUUAAAUUAAAAUUCUAAGAGCACUUUUUACUUUAAGAUUAAUAAGGGUUUUCAAAUUUUAGUCAAUAAACAGAGGGAUAAAUAUUCUAAUUGCUGGUGUAAAGUAAAGUGUGCAAGCCUUGUCAAUAUUACUUUUUAUAACUAUUAUUUGUAUAAUAUUGAUUUCCAGCUUAAUGUACUUUUUAGAAAAAGGUGAUAACAGUUCGAAAAUACAAAAUAUCCCUGAAGCAGUUUGGUGGGCAGUCAUAACUAUUACUACAGUAGGAUAUGGAGAUGUAAUUCCUGAUACCUUAGCAGGAAAAAUAUUAGCAUCAGUUUCAUUAAUAUUUGGAGUUUUGCUUUUGUCUUUACCUGUGGCUAUUAUAGGAAAUAAUUUUCAAGAGAUAUAUUUACAAAACCAAAAAGAUGAUAAAAACACGAGUAAAAAAUCAAUGAAGAGAUAGUAUCAAGAGACUAAAAAUGAAGAAGAAAAAGAAAUAUUAAGAAUUUGGUUAAAGAUUAAUGAAUUAGAAGAAGUAAAUGAAACCAUUGAAAAAUGCUUAUAAGAAAAUCAAUUUCUUUAUAGAAGUAUAGCAAGAGAAGCUCAAUCAUUAAUAAACAGAAUUGAAUUCUCAGAUAAGAAAUCUUACCUUUCUAAAUUUAGUGAUUCUUAUGUUGAAGGCUAUGACAAGCAAGACCCAAUUGUAAAAAAAAUAAAACAACAAUAUUUGGAAGAUAAUUAAAUUUAAAGUUUUAUAACUUAUAGAGCUAAAUCAGACAGCUAAUAGUGA